AUGGAGCUAAUUGUGAUUUUAGGUAUUGUGGUACUGAUGUACGUAGUGCUUCUGUUUUUCGAUGGAUUUUUUAAGAGUUGCAUGCACUACCCAUACGAUGCAUUCCUGCGGGGGACCGGACUGACGGUAAAGUUCCUGCGGCUGCAGUGGCACACGACGGCACUGAACCGGUCAAUCGUCAAAUGGAGCACAAAGUAUCCGAAAAUACUUGACUGUAGUUUCAAUGUCGGCGUCUACCUGAGCCUCGUGCUGAUGCCAUUCGCCGUGGUGAUGAUAGUAAUAUCUUCCUUCCAAACAAACCUUCACGGACAAUCGGCCCGCGUGGUGACUUCGGGCGGGGUAGGAGGAGAUUCCCGCACACCCGUACGGCGGAUGGUAGAAAUUGACCUGGUGGUGCCGGGCGUUAAUCUACCGAUCAACGAAAUUGGUUAUUACAUUGCGGCCUUAGCCAUCAACAGCGUUGUGCAUGAGCUGGGGCAUGGUUUGGCGGCGGUGCUCGAAGACGUACAAAUCAAGGGUUUUGGAUUGCACGUGCUGCUAAUCAUACCGAUGGCCUACACGCAGCUCGAUUCGGACCAGCUAAAUACGCUUCGGCUGUGGAAGAAACUGCGCGUACUGUGUGCCGGCAUCUGGCACAAUCUGGUGCUGGGACUGUUCACGUACCUGCUGUUCAUCUCCACCCCACUACUCUUCUCCGCAAUCUAUCGCACCAGCGAUGGUGUGAUCGUGACCGCGCUCAAAAACAAUUCCCCCAUGGCCGGUUCGCGCGGGCUUGAGCAGGGUGACAUCAUAAAAUCGAUCAACAGUUGUGAGAUACACCACGAGGAAAGUUGGUUCGAAUGUUUGCUUCACACGAUUCAUUCACCACCGGCCUACUGCGUGUCGACUGAUUUCGUUCACCUGAACGAUGAAUCCGUACCCAUGUCGCACAAAAACGACGGGCUGAUUGAGUGUUGCGGCAGCGAAAACACCGCUUCGAGCUGCUUCGAGUACAUGGUGGACGCGAACGAUGACGAUGUGGCGCUACCGCAGCACAUGUGCCUCAACAUACGCAAAACGAUCGAGAACAGUUUCGGGUACUGUCAACACAACGGCCAAUGUUCGGAAGGGCAUUGCUUUAAGCCAAGCAUCAACAACUACACCACGAUCAUGCAGAUACGGCGCGAGUCUAAACCGGACGUCAUCUACAUUGGGCAUCCGGGCGAUGCAACCCGAACAGUGCACGUUUCGCGCUUCGUCCCAAAGACGGGCCUGUUUGCGCCACGCUUUGCCGACUCGAUCCAGUUGCUGCUCAAGUAUGUGACCGUGUUUGCGAUCGGCCUAGCGUUCAUCAACGUAAUGCCGUGCUAUGGUUUCGAUGGGCAGCAUAUCGUCAACACGCUGCUGACGGACGGCACAAUCCAGCAGCGUAUACCGCAGAAAGGCAAACGGGACAUGAUUUCGCUAGCGGUCAACGUUAUUGGCACACUAUUCGUGUUUAUACUGCUUAUAAAAGUGUUUUGGCUGUCGCUCUCUCGGGUGCUGUCCGUUUGA